AUGGUGGAAGAUUUGAAAAGAAUUGAAUGGAAGUUGGGUUUAUUGAAAUUCUUUUGUAGAUUUGCAACUGAGUUGGCGAGGGGUAAGUUUCUGAGGAAUGCCAAAACUUGGCCAAUAUGUGCUCAUCAAUCACCCUUAACAUUCAAAAUCAUCUGGCGAGUUGCUCGCUCCAUAGAGAACGAUGCGUUGAGCAUCAACGGACUGGUUGCGCUACUGGAAGUGGAACGUGUAACUGACACGACGACGAAUACUGCAAAAGGAGGGAAUUGA